ACAAAUAAUAGAAGUAUAAAAGCCUCUCAGUCUCCUUUCUUCCCUUCUCUUCCCCUCACCUCUUCCUGACCUCUUCAGUCAAUCGUUUCUCUACUCUCGCUCAAUCGGCUGCCUCUCUCACUUAGAACCCUCUGAUUACUAAGUAUCAUGGCGAAAGCUGAAGGUGAUGGUAAGGAACCAAUGAACGAGCAAGCCGUCGCCAACAUCUAUGGUGCCAUGAGGGCUGAGAUCAACCAAAUUUACUCCAAAAUUACUGAACUUGAGAUGGAGGUUAGUGAGCAUUCACUCGUGAUCAACGCAAUUAAACCUCUUGAUCCGUCGAGGCGUUGCUACCGGAUGAUUGGAGGUGUCCUCGUGGAAAGAACCAUUAAAGAAGUUUUGCCAGCUGUCCAGCGAAACAAGGAGGGGAUUGAAGAGGUAAUAAAUCGACUCAACGAGGCCUUGGAGAAGAAGAAAAAGGAGGUCGCUGAAUUCGAGGCCAAAUACAAAAUUAGAAUUAAAAAAACUGAUGGUGAAAUGAAAGAUGAGAGUGGUAAGAAGGAAGGAAAUGCACAGGGAGUCCUUGUUGGUCCUGCGAGUGUUAGUGAGUAGAUAUUUUUCCUAUUAAGCCCUUUCUCGUGCCAGCUUUUUUUAUUCAUAAUUAACAACUUUGAAUGCUUUGUUGCCUUUGGUGUAAACUUGAUAUGCUUUCGUUGGUUAGAUGUUAAAACUGAUCGAACUCUGUGCUGUAUCUUGGGAGUUGGUUUUUUUAUGAAUUCUGGUAGCCUAACUUGGACACUUGUUUGCUUA